GCAGAAAUUAUUAGUUUUACUUUGACAUGAAAUCCGCUUUCUCCUUCUUCCUUCAUAAACCGUUUCAACAAUUACAGUUCCACAAAUUCAAAAUCAUGACACCUUUAAAUCAGGAACCCACUUUCAACUUUCUUCAUUCACAGUACUCCCCUCUUCCCACUUUCCCCCACACAAAAAAUGUCGAAUUCCUCAUUCUUCUUCUUCUUUUUCACUCUGUUUUUGUUUCCUUUUGCAGAUGGGGUUCAAUUGAUCAUCGUCAACAACUGCAAACACAGCAUCUGGCCCGGAAUUUUAGGAAACGCCGGCCACCCAAUUCCCAGAGACGGCGGAUUCCAUCUCUGCACUGGAGAACAGACAGUAAUUGAAAUGCCGGAGAGAUGGUCCGGCAGAGUGUGGCCAAGACAGGGCUGUCAUUUCGACCAAAAAACCGGGUUGGGCUCCUGCCAGACCGGCGACUGCGCCGGUCUCCUCCAAUGCAGAGGAACCGGUGGGGUCCCGCCGGCGACGGUGGUGGAAAUGACACUAGGGACUUCAAAAUCGUCAAUGCAUUACUACGACGUGAGUCUGGUGGACGGAUUCAAUGUCCCAGUGGAGAUGGCCCCGAUGGGCGGAGGGGUUGGGUGUGGGGUGGCGGCAUGUGCGGCGGAUCUGAACCGGUGUUGCCCGUCGGCGUUGGAGGUGAAGAGAGAGGGGAAAAUCGUAGGUUGCAAGAGCGGUUGCUUGGCAGCGAAAUCGGCUAAGUAUUGCUGUAGAGGGGAAUAUGCGGAGGCGAAGAAGUGUAAGCCGUCGAUAUUUGGGCAUUUGUUUAAGGCAAUAUGUCCUAUGGCAUAUAGUUAUGCGUAUGAUGAAAUUACGGGGCUUAAAAUGUGUAGGGCACCUUCAUAUCAUAUUACAUUUUGUCCUCCUACUUCUAUUUGAAUAUAUAUAUAUAUAUAUAUAAAUAAACUAAGGACAGACUUUUAUACUAUUAUUUCAAUGUUUGAUUCCACACUUUUAGAAGUGAUAAUUUUUAGUUGGUUACUAAUAGAGAUUAUUUGAAUUUAAUUCUUCUUUUUUUUAAUAAUUAAUUUUUUUUUCUUCAAAUGUAGUUUUAGGUUUAAAGUCAUUAAAUUACUGGAUGGAAUUACAUUUUAUAUAAAAGUAGAAGAGAGAAAAUUUUGAAAGAGAAUAAUGUUAAAAUUUGGCAUGACAUCACAAAUUUAACUCAAAUACACCUAUUCUAAAAAAAGUAGGAGGAUUUUGGAUUCAAAUUUGUACGUAAUUAAAAAAA